AAUAGUAACAUUAAGCCAAACCGAAAUACCAUGGUGGUGGAUAUAGACGAAGAACAGUCGUUACAGCGACCGAUGUACGCAAAACGUUCAGCAGGACCUCCACAGAGUCCAUUACCACCGGCAAAAAUACCACGACAUAGUAGUAAUAGUAGUGCUGCUGAAUCCCAGGCCCCUUUGGCGCGACGAUCGGUAACGAUUUAAUUUUCAUUUGAUGGAUUAUCAGUUGGGAUAAAGUAGAUUUGUCGUGAUCGAAUGAGUAAAAAGAUCCUGUUAGGAUGUCCGAUAUUAUGUUAACAUAUCUGUAUGUAUUUAGGAUCACCUGCCUACUCCACAUCGAAAUAAAUCAAGCAUACCAACGAAUCCAGCAAGUACAGCACAUCCUAUUAAGCGCGUUAAAAAAACAGAAGAAAUCAAGCUUGCUUCUCAGGAUGUCUGCGAUUUAUAUAUAAACAGAAAUCAAGAUGUCAAGAUGACUGCAUUUGCGAAAAAACCUCGAAGUUUACUUUUCAAUAUUGCUGAAAAUGACUCGAGCAUGAAGGAUCUGCUGAUAUCUACAUCACUUAAAGGUGACAUGCAGUUCUGGAAUGCGGCAACUCGAAGCAUGAUAGCGAAUAAAGGACCCGAGCACUUUUACAAAAAUGGAUGGAUAGAAGAACUGUGCUGGAUAACUCCUACCACACUAGCACUAUGUAUGGGUCGAUCCAAACCGGAAGCAAAUGUGGAAUCUUCGGUUCUUCUCACUCAUAUCAAGGAAGUUAAAAGGGAUGAUGUUGAUAUACGAGUGCAAGCGUUCAAUGAGAAUCCUCACGUAAAGGAGAUGUUGGAUAUCGCUCCAGUUCAGCUCGGACAGACUGGUUCUGUAGGAGUUGAACGUGCUAGCUUUGUUACUGGAGGCAGUGAUCAUCUAGUGUGUCUUUGGGACAUGAUCCGGGAUAGUCCGCAGGAAGACUUUGCUCUUACUGACGUGAACAAGCUUAAUAUCAAUCAUACAAACAGCGUGCAAGCACUAUGCUAUGACUCAUAUAAUGACAGACUGUAUACAGGCGGUGCGGAUUCCAAGUUGUUCACAUACGAUAUGGUCUCUCAGAAAACGAUCAACGAGCUGAGGAUAGGCAAUAGGAUCAAUCAUAUUGAGAAGAAUCCUAAAGAUCCUAAUCUGUCACUGAUCAGUCAAGCACAGACGAGUGAUCAAUUUGCGAUAUACGAUCAACGCAUGUUAGGAGUAUGUGGUCUGCAAUUAUCGUUUGGAUUCUCGGAAAGCGAGAAUUUAUCGCGCUACAUCAAACCAGAUUGGCACCAGGAUGGUUAUAUCGUCGUGUGCGGCAGUCAAUCUGAAUCUAAAGUGCACUUUUGGGACAUUCGCUAUAGUGGAGUUCAACGCGGGCCAUGCUUUAGUUUACCAACUCAAGGGACCGCACCGUCGAGGAUACUUCAGACAUUGUUCUUGCCUAAUCGAAACACGUUGCUAUCUGUUUCAUCUACGCGAACGAUGACUUGGACAGAUUUCUCAGUGCAAGCAAAUUCGAAAAUUAGCACCAUUUGAGUAAUGCAAAUCCCCACAUAAUUUAAAGAGAACAGUACAGUUCUAAUGUCUAUGGCGACUGUCAUAGAUAUAGCGCAUCAUUCAUAUCAUUUUCUUUCUCUGUUAACAAUCCUCAACUCUAUCAUCUAUUCAUUACUAGCUUGUUUUCUUCAUUUAACAGAUUUGGGAAAAAAAUUGUCGGUGUGAUUACGGGAUAACUCUAAAUGGGAAAAUUUUUCUUCUUUUGACAAAAAUUUCUGAGCGGACAGUGUGGUACCAGCACUAUUAUGCUUAACUUAGCAGCAUACAGUGGAGAUGAAACUUCUUGGCCGAUAGAUCGAGAAGGUGAUGCGAGGCAACUUGAUCGCUAUACUGAUAGAUAGAGAAUAUGUGUUAGUGAGCAAUGGUAACUAUGGCG